UGCGCCAUGGGUUACGCACAACGUCAUUGUAAACGCACGCCAAUUAAAACGCUGUACAUGAUCAGCUGACGUGGCGUCAAACACGGAAGAGCUGCUGAACAUGAUGGAACCGGUGGAUGAAGCAGUGCUUGCCACCGAGAGGUAUGGCUCUCAAGAAACGUGGAAGUACCGACUGCGGGACGGUGUGAUGAAGAGAGAAAGACUAGGCGAAGGUAGCUUCCGCAGAGGGAGUUCCAUCACUGCUGCUUUCAAAAGUAUUUUCCUGCCUCAAGGCUACCCAGAGAGUGUCAGUGAGGAUUACCUGCAGUAUCAGUUCUGGGACACUGUACAGGCAUUUGCCAGCUCUCUUUCGGGCACCCUAGCCACCCAGGCAUCCUUAAGGGGUGUAGGGGUUGGAAACCAAGAAGCAACGGUUGCGGCUGCAACCAUUACCUGGCUACUAAGAGAUGGCACUGGAAUGCUUGGGAGGAUCUUGUUUGCGUGGUUAAAAGGGAGCAAGCUAGACUCAGAGGCCAAGACAUGGAGGCUCUUUGCUGAUAUUCUCAAUGAUAUUGCCAUGUUCAUUGAAAUCUUGGCCCCGCACUAUCCCCCUUUGUUCACGCUCAUUAUCUGCAUAGCUGGCAUCUUUAAGUCAAUAGUAGGAGUGGCUGGUGGAGCCACUAGAGCGGCCCUAACAGUCCACCAGGCUCGAAGAAACAACAUGGCAGACAUCUCCGCAAAAGAUGGAAGUCAGGAGACCUUGGUGAAUUUAGCUGGUCUGCUGGUUAGCCUUGUGCUAAUUCCUCUGGUGACAGACAAUCCUAUGUUGACAUUUGUCCUUUUCUUCCUGUUCACAACCUUACACCUUUUCGCCAAUUACAAAGCAGUACGUUCUGUUGUCAUGGAGACCCUUAACGAGGCCAGACUGUCCAUUGUUCUGCACCAAUAUUUGUCUGAUGGCAGGGUCCUCAGUCCACGGGAGGCUAACCAAAGAGAGCCAGUAUUUCUGGAACUGCAGAAGGAAGUGCCUGUAAAACUAGGAGUGAGUCUGAGGGAACUAGUUCAAGCACCUCAGGACCUAAAGAUGGCCUUGAAAAACAACCACAAGCCCUUCCUCAUUGGCAUCAGACGAGGCUGUGUGUGUGUGUGUUUGGCAAGUGACACAUCAGUUCAUGAAGAGAUCGAGGCAGCCUGUCAGGCGGUGUGUCUCAGCACAGUGUUGAAGGCCUCGCCGCCACCCCAGGAAGCACUCAAGCAGCUGUCAGCGUCAAAGAGUCAAGACCCAUGGGUUUUGGUGUCUGACAGUUACAAGUUCAUGGACCAGAUGUUUCAGCCUUUCCUCAGAGACCUGAAUGAGGCCAGAUGGCACACAGACAGAACACUUCUGGAUUGGAAUGAGUGGAGAGUCGACUGGAGGAAGAAGAUGAGCUAAAAUCUGACGUCUCAACCAGAGAGAAAGGACUGGAGAAAAACAAAAUGGAAAAGAAAUGUAGUGCAGUUUAUGGGAAUGUGAUCAUAUCAGUAAAGCCCGUCAGGCGUGGACUGAUACGAUGAUAUAUGGACCAAGUUUGGUUGUAUGGACCAAGUUCUGUUUUCUAAACCAAAUAUAUACCAAACAGUAGCAUGGCUAUUGCUGGGCUUGUCUGUAAUGCUAGUAUGUAUUUGGAACUAAACAAUCAAGUGAAUGGCAAUGCUUAAUUUCUAGUAAAUGGAUGUUAUGAUUAUAUUACUCUGAAUAUUUCUGAAUGGAUUUCACAGUUGAUUCCUAAUAAAUCAAUUGACUUUU